AACAAUCCGCAAAGACGGCCUUAAAAAAAAAAAAAGGAAUAGCAACCGAAACUCGGGAUAACAAAGAAAGUAAAGAGAGCUUUCACUGACAAAUUGCUUGCAUAAGAUUUUUCGAAACGUUUCAUUUUUAUUGUAAAAUAAUACAACGGCCAUGGGUAGAAAGAAAAUACAGAUAUCACGUAUCACGGAUGAACGAAAUCGUCAGGUUACGUUCAAUAAACGUAAAUUUGGUGUCAUGAAGAAGGCCUACGAAUUGUCAGUGCUGUGUGAUUGCGAAAUUGCUUUAAUUAUAUUCUCAUCGAAUAAUAAACUUUAUCAAUAUGCCAGUACCGAUAUGGAUAAAGUUCUUCUCAAAUACACGGAAUGUACCGAACCGCAUGAAUCAAUAACUAAUCAAAAUAUAAUUGAGAUUCUAUCUUCACCUUUCCAGAAGGAGAACAAAAAUGGUGUCAUGUCACCGGAUUCGCCUGAACCGGAAUCUGAUGUGGUUACACCACGCACUGAAGCCAGAUACAAUAAAAUCGAUGAAGACUUUCAAUUAUGUAUGCAUCGGUCGCAAAUGGCCGGCGGGACCAGCGCGGCACGUAAUAUGACAAAUUCCAAUUAUACAUUACCGGUGUCGGUGCCAGUGGCGGGCGCUUACGGUGAUAAUAUGCUACAGUCCAGUCCGCAAAUGUCCCACACAAACAUCAGCCCACGACCAUCGAGUUCGGAAACGGAUUCAGGUGGGAUGUCAUUGAUAAUUUAUCCAUCGGGCUCCAUGUUGGAGAUGUCAAAUGGUUAUCCUCAUUCACAUUCGCCGCUUGUUGGUUCUCCAAGUCCGGGUCCAAGUCCUGGUAUAGCACAUCAAUUAACCCAUAAACAACAACAAUCACCCGGCAAUCAAAACGGUCGAGCUUCCAACUUACGAGUAGUUAUACCAGCACCAACUAUAGCUCAAAAUAUGUCCACCGCAGAUGAACUACAUUAUAAUGAUCGUCAUAACUCAAGCACUCUAAAUACGCCAGUAGUAACUCUGCAAACGUCUAUACCAGGUUUACAAGGCUAUCCUUUUGUGCCGCAAGACUUCUCAAUGAGUUCCUCCGACGUUAUGAGUUUACCUACGUGGAGUACCCAUCAAAGUCUAGUGCAACAUACGGGUUUAUCUCAACUGACGGUUGCGAAUAACUCACCACCUCCUGCCUCCUCUCCAGUCAAUAUUAAAGUGAAAUCAGAGCCUCAAUCCCCACCGCGUGAUCUCUCCGGAGCUCAUCAGCCAAAUAAUAAUAACAGCUCUAUUGUUAGUGCCGGCAACAACAAUGGUAGCAAUCAUAUUGUUGGCUCUCUAGCAGGCACAACAAGUGGAUCAAACAAUAUCUUAGGUACGAUUAAUGAUUUAAGCAAUACACUGUCCAUUACCACGACGCUGAGUGUCAGUGGUAGCGAUAUAGGUGGGGCAAGCGGGAUGGGUGUAAUAGCAGGUAACGGUCCAGGCGGAGGUUGCGGCACAACGACAACAUGCUCGAAUGGUUCUGCCAAUGAUCAAGCCACUAAUUUAAGUAUUUUAAAUCAUCCGCAACAGCAUCUGGUUAUGCCAACUUCAAGACCAUCAUCAACGGGUCAUCUAACGCCCACACCAGACAAAUAUGAUGGAUACACAAUACCAACGACAACAACACCAAAUUAUCGUUCACAACUCGGUCAGAAUUCUAGAUUAUGGAAUUUUGAUUUUAUCAUAUUCAAUACAGGUUCGGUAACGCCGAGCAGUGUGCCGUCACCGGAUUUGCGUUUAAAUGAUUUACAAAAAACAUUAACGCAUCAGCAGACACAUCAGCAGCAUCAUUUAAAUGAUUAUGAGGCGAAUCAACCCCAUAAGAGGCCAAGAAUAUCGGGAGGUUGGACAACAUAGCCUAAUCUAACAAUAACAACGUCAACGACAACAGCAGCAACUGCAAUAAGAGAAACAACAGUAAAAACUGUUAGGACAACAGCUACGGAAAAUUAUCAGAGAAAUGAUAAAUUGCAACAACAACAACAACAGCAACAACCACAUAAUAAUAAUAAUAAUAAUAAUAAUAAACAGCAUACUUUGAAUCGUAGUAAUAGCAUAGCAUUGUAUAGUCAAGAACAUCAGCAACAGCAUUAUCAGCAUGAUUUAAACCGUAACAGUAAUCAUCAUCAUCAUCAUCAUCAUCAU